CCGAGCCCCGCGCGCAGCAUCGUGGAGCAGCCGGAGUCCGCGCCCCGACGCUCUGCGCCCGCAGUGUCCGCCGUGUCCGCCGCGUCCGCCGCGUCCCGGGCGGGCAUGGGGCGGCCAGGCUGACCGCCGCACCCCGCCGCCGAGACCCCCAGCCCCAGCCAGCAGCCCUCUUGCUGCGGCCCCGGCGUGCGCGGGCCAUGGCGAAGGCGACGGCGACGGCCGGCGCCGCGAGGCUGCGGUUGCUGCUGCUGCUGCCGCUGCUCGGCGAAGCUCCGCUGGGACUCUACUUCGCCAGGGAUGCUUACUGGGAGAAACUCUACGUGGACCAGCCAGCUGGCAUGCCCCUGCUCUACGUCCAUGCCCUGCGGGACAUGCCGGAGGAGGUGCCCGCCUUCCGCCUGGGCCAGCACCUCUACGGCAUCGCCUACCGUGCAAGACUGCAUGAGAACGAAUGGAUUCGCAUCGAGGAGGACACUGGCCUUCUCUACCUUAACCGGAGCCUGGAUCACAGCACCUGGGACAAGCUCAGCAUCCGCAAUGGCGGCUUCCCUGUGCUCACCAUCUACCUCCAGGUCUUCCUGUCACCUACAUCCCUGCGUGAGGGCGAGUGCCAAUGGCCCAGCUGUGCCCGUGUGUACUUCUCCUUUGUCAACACCUCCUUCCCGGCUUGUGGUUCCCUCAAACCCCGGGAGCUCUGCUUUCCUGAGACAAGUGUCUCCUUCCGCAUCAGAGAGAAUAGGCCUCCUGGCACUUUCCACCAGUUCCGCCUGCUGCCUGUGCAGUUCCUCUGUCCCAACAUCAGCGUGGCCUACAGGCUCCUAGAAGGUGAGAACCUGCCCUUCCACUGCGCCCCGGACAGCCUGGAAGUGAGCACGCGCUGGCCCCUGGAUCGCGAGCUGCGGGAGAAGUACGAGCUGGUGGCUGCUUGCACGGUGCGCGUCGGCGCACGCAAGGAGGAGGUGGUGAUGGUGCCCUUCCCCGUGACCGUGUAUGAUGAGGACGACUCGGCGCCCACCUUCCUCGGGGGCAUCGACACCGCCAGCGCUGUGGUGGAGUUCAAGAGGAAGGAGGGCACUGUGGUGGCCAAAAUACGUGUCUUCGAUGCAGACGUGGUGCCAGCAUCCGGGGAGCUCCUGAAGCGAUACACAAACACACUACUCUCUGGGGAUGCCUGGGUCCUCCAGACAUUCCGUAUCGAGCACUCCCCCAACGAGACCUUGGCCCAGGCCAACGGCAGCUUUGUGCGGGCAACUGUGCAUGACUACAGGCUGGUUCUCAACCGGAGCCUCCCCAUCUCGGAGAACCGCUCCCUGCAGCUGACCGUGCUGGUCAAUGACUCGGACUUCCAGGGCCCCGGGGAGGGCACCCUCUUCCUCCACUUCAACGUGUCCGUGCUGCCUGUCAGCUUGCACUUGCCCAGCACCUACACCUUCACUGUGAGCAGGCGGGCCCGCCGCUUUGCCCAGAUUGGGAAAGUCUGUGUGGAAAACUGCCAAGAGUUCAGCGGCAUCCACGUGCAGUACAGGCUGCAGCUCUCCAGCACCAACUGCAGUGUCCUGGGGGUGGUCACCUCAGCCGAGGACACCUCAGGGAACCUUUUCGUGAACGACACAGAAGCCCUGCAGCGGCCCGAUUGCUCUCAACUCCGGUACACGGUAGUGGCUGCCGACCGGCCAACCCGCAAGCAGACCCAGGCCCUGCUGGUUGUCACCGUGGAGGGGACAUAUGUGGCUGAGGAGCCAGGCUGCCCCCUGUCCUGUGCAGUCAGCAAGAGACGCCCUGAAUGUGAGGAGUGCGGCGGCCUGGGCUCUCUGACGGGCAGGUGCGAGUGGAGACAGGGAGAUGGCAAAGGAAUCACCAGGAACUUCUCCACCUGCUCCCCCAGCAUCAAGACCUGCCCCGACGGCCACUGUGAUGCCGUGGAGAGCAGAAAUGUCAACAUCUGCCCCCAGGACUGCCUCCGGGGCGGCAGCAUCAUUGGUGGGCAUGAGCCAGGGGAGCGCUGGGGGAUUAAAGCUGGCUUCGGUAUCUGCAACUGUUUCCCAGAGGAGAAGAAGUGCUUCUGCGAACCUGAAGACAGCCAGGAGCCGCUGUGUGACGAGCUCUGCCGCACGGUGAUCGCGGCCGCUGUGCUCUUCUCCUUCGUCGUCUCCAUGCUGCUCUCCACCUUCUGCAUCCACCGCUACCACAAGAACGCCCACAAGCCACCCAUUGCCUCUGCUGAGAUGACCUUCCGCCGGCCUGCCCAGGCCUUCCCGGUCAGCUACUCCUCGUCCGGCGCCCGCCGGCCCUCUAUGGACUCCAUGGAGAACCAGGUCUCUGUGGACGCCUUCAAGAUCCCGGAGGAUCCAAAGUGGGAAUUCCCUCGAAAGAACUUGGUUCUUGGGAAAACCCUGGGAGAAGGCGAAUUUGGAAAAGUGGUUAAGGCGACAGCCUUCCGGCUGAAAGGCAAAGCAGGGUACACAACUGUGGCCGUGAAGAUGCUGAAAGAGAACGCUUCCCCAAGUGAGCUGCGGGACCUGCUGUCAGAGUUCAACCUCCUGAAGCAGGUCAACCACCCACAUGUCAUCAAGCUGUACGGGGCCUGCAGCCAGGACGGCCCGCUCUUCCUCAUUGUGGAGUAUGCCAAGUACGGUUCCCUGCGGGGCUUCCUCCGAGAGAGCCGCAAGGCGGGGCCCGGCUACGUGGGCAGCGGAGGCAGCCGCAGCUCCAGCUACCUGGACAACCCCGAGGAGCGGGCCCUGACCAUGGGCGACCUCAUCUCCUUCGCCUGGCAGAUCUCUCGGGGGAUGCGGUACCUGGCUGAGAUGAAGCUUGUCCAUCGGGACUUGGCAGCCAGAAAUGUCCUGGUAGCUGAGGGGCGGAAGAUGAAGAUUUCGGAUUUUGGCCUGUCCCGAGACGUUUAUGAAGAGGAUUCCUAUGUGAAGAGGAGCAAGGGUCGGAUUCCAGUCAAAUGGAUGGCAAUUGAGUCUCUUUUCGAUCAUAUCUACACCACCCAAAGUGAUGUGUGGUCCUUUGGUGUCCUGCUGUGGGAGAUUGUGACUCUGGGGGGCAACCCCUACCCUGGGAUCCCUCCGGAGCGGCUUUUCAACCUCCUGAAGACAGGCUACCGGAUGGAGAGGCCCGACAACUGCAGUGAGGAGAUGUACGGUCUCAUGCUGCAGUGUUGGAAGCAGGAACCAGACAAGAGGCCAGUGUUUGCUGACAUCAGCAAAGACCUGGAAAAGAUGAUGGUUAAGAACAGAGACUACUUGGACCUGGCUGCCUCCACCCCAUCCGACUCCCUGCUUUAUGACGACGGCCUCUCGGAGGAGGAGACGCCCCUGGUGGACUGUAAUAAUGCUCCCCUCCCUCGAGCCCUCCCCUCCACGUGGAUUGAAAACAAACUCUAUGGCAUGUCAGACCCGAACUGGCCUGAAGAGAGUCCUGUACCACUCACGAGAGCUGAUGGCACUAACACUGUGUGUCCAAGAUAUGCAAAUGAUAGUGUAUAUGCUAACUGGAUGGUUUCACCCUCAGCGGCACAAUUAAUGGACGCAUUUGAUAGUUAACAUUUCUUUGUGAAAGGUAACGGACUCACAAGGGGAAGAAACAUGCCGAGAACAGAAAGUCUGCCGGCCCCUCCUUUGUGCACUUCACACUGGCUGGUGAUUUUUCCCUCCUGGCAGACGUAGCGUGCUGGACCAGAGUUCUGAGUCCAGCCUUUAGGAAUUCCUUCCUCUCCAGCCCUUGGCAGUGCUCUGUGUUGGUCUGUGUUCAUCAGUGACCACCACACCCUGUGCUCAGACGUGUGGGUCCCUCACUCACUACCUGAGCGGUUUGAUUUUUCUUGUUGCCAGCAAACAAGGCAACACGAUUUAAACAUGAAGCACACACACCAAAAAAGGCAGCAGGAAAAAAAAAAAACAAAACUGGCCCAAA